AUCUAUUUUAAUUUCAUCUUUUGUUUUUUCUCUAUUUUAGUUUUGAAGCUUAAUUCUAGGUACUUAAGCUAGCGGGCUACUUUUCUCGAGGAAAUGCCUUCCACGUCAUCAACCCCUAAGAUGAACUUGAAGCUUCUAAUCAACAAAAAGGACGAUAAAGUUGUCUUCGCUGAAGCUGAAAAUGAUUUCAUAGAUUUCCUAUUCAACCUCUUGACUUUGCCCAUUGGCACCAUCGUGAGUUUCCUCCCAAAAGAAAAUAGCCUAAGAGACCUACAUGAGAGUAUCAACAAAUUGGAAGAAGUUUAUCUGCUUGACCAGAGCGACGACUCAUUCUUGAAACUGAAAACACCAGCCUAUACUUUUCUUCCUUUCUUUAAUCCUUAUUCAUCAAGGAGUCAUAGUCAUAAGCCGGACAACUUGGUUACCUACAUGGUGGCUGAUGACUUGUCAGUUACACCCAAGUCCAUAACAUCAACCAUGGCUCUGUUAAAGAAGUACAACAUACAAGAAGUUGGUGUUCUUGAGGAGAAGGUGGUUUCAAUUGGCCUUGAAGAGGCUUUGUACCUAUUGCAUCAUGCUCUGCAUUCCAAGGAAGCUCUCACCAAUGUCUUCCUUUAGAUAGAAAAAACAAAAACAAAAGAAAGAUAAGGGGAUGAUUUAGUUUGUUCUCCUCCUCUAUACAUUUGGUUGUUUGAGAGCUAAACCUUUCAAUUAUGUAAGCUCUCUUUCUUCUUAAAUUUGUAAAAAUCAUAAAGUUCUAAAUCUCUAAUAAUGUUUAUGUUUAAUUGUCUUUA